AUGAAGGAAGAGGAUAUUCUUGCUCACCAUGCUCGGCCCCAGAAGUGCUCGGCUUGGAUUCCGAAGAAACGCGACUGGCGUUACGCGACUGGAGUCUUCCAACACGACGAUAUCGAGGGCACGCCUAGUGAUCGAUCAGCAUGGGACGACAUGGACUACGAGUACCAAGUUACAGAUACUCAGAAGAGUAGAGAAUGUAGUAUUGGUGAUCAGAGUAACGGCUACGGUAUAGCGCUUAACAAGACCGUGUCGAUACCAGGUACCCCAGAAGGCACGAAGGGGAGGCACUUACUUGGACUUCCAAAGACCAUCGUUAGUGUCGAGGCGUUCAAGAAGAAGGCAAAGACCGAGAAAAGGAGCUCAUGGCAUUCAAUAUCGAGGUGUCACCAGGUUGGCGAGUCCGAGACAGAAGGCGAGCAGUCAGCCUACGAGACCUAUAGCUUGACGGUCAGGCUACGCUUUUCAGGCAAACUCAUCAUCGAAGACGCGCUUCCGCACAUGGCGACAUCAGGCUCCAUCGGAUUCCCACAGCUACCAAGCACACCUACGAAGUUGAAAACGCUUUAUUCCCCAAAUACACCAGCCAUGGCUCGCACUGCGAAGUUACUUUUGACUCCAUAUGCACUGGACUCUAUCGAAUCCGUACACAAAUACCCCCCUUUUCAGCGGACGUGGGUUGAUGAGACAAGGGACUUUAAUAUGAGGGCAGUCCGUGGGGUUUUGCAAAAGUCUGGCUCUAUCGGGAAGGACCUUGGGCCAAACUAUACAUGGUAUAACGAUGCCCUUCCAGUGGACGCCUUGCUUCCUCCUGGAAUACCUCUAUCCGCUAAAGAGAUAAACGCGUACUAUCCUCAUCAUGUUCGAUGGAAAGGCGUGAUGGUUCGAAUGUCAAACAACGACUAUCGUGGGUCAGACAUAUUGGGCAUGCAGGCUUUCUUCCGUGGCCCUCCUACGACGAACGUUUCAAGCGCAGCGAUGAACCAAAUACAACGCGACUCAGUCAAGAAUGUCAUAAUAGGCUUCAAGACCGACAAUACUAAGGGAAAGCAUGAUGCGAACUUACAUACCGAUCACCUCGAGCCGGGCAGGUACAUCGCAGAGAAGCGCAGCGGCUAUAUCCUACCAACAUUCGACGACCUCCUCCGUGGCCUCCAUCAUCUACCGUCUGGUCUCGAUGCUCGCGGUCUCACAGAGUGUCUGAGCUGGUAUCUCGAUUUCCGCAACUCUUUUACGCCUAAACUUGACUUGAAUGUCCUCCAUACUCAAGCUCUAAUCCGUGCCCUUCGUAUCCCUUUGAAGCGAUUCGGUCCCCAAAAUCUAGACUGCAAUGCGCUUGAAGAGUGGAAGAUAUGGGGGAAAUUCGAGGAACGCAAGGUGUUUUACGAAUCAGCGAAGCCUGCGUCGGCCAAGGUCGACAAUAUGGAGCAGAAAAGGUCGCAACUUCACAUGAACCUGGACGACCACGAAGUCAGACUUGAUAUCCAGCUGCCACUCCGUCACAUCCUCGUCUUCCCUUUUCUUGCGCUACACGGUGUUGUAGGUGAAGCGCUCAAGCUUGGGAUCGAGAAAGCCGAGAACCGCAAGGCCGAAAGGAAGAGCGCAGAAGGACGAAGGAUGUUGGAAGCCAGGUGGGCUACCAAAGCAGCUAGUUAUACUGGUUUAGGAGCGAAUAAUCAAGAGAUGGACGCUGAACAAGCACAGAAGACGGUGGUGGCGCCCGAACCAGCCGUGAAAGCAGAGGGAAAGACAAAGCAAUCUCGUUUUAUCCCAGAACGCGUCCUUACGACCAAAGCACUACGUUCUCUUGCGCCAGCACCGAAGAAAAAUCUGACUGCACCGCCAGCAGAUAGAGGACCACUCGGUCACCGCGGACCGCCUGGACCACUAGCUGCAGUGCUAUCGGCACAAGCCUCUGCCAGACAGCCUUCCAUGUCACCUGUAUCUACGCAUCUCGAUAGGCCUCGGGGUGUACAGGCACCGUCCCCUACACAUGCGCCUCAUUCAGCAUAUGGGCGGAGGGGGUAUGAUUCGACAAGGCCGACAGAACAGCGUGAUGGGAGGGGCGGUAGUGGUGGUGCGAGAUACUAUUAG